AGUGGGGAAGCACUGGAAUUAUUAAAUAGUCUCAGUAAAGAGAGUACUAGUUUAGUCUUUUUGGAUCCACAAUAUGAAAAAGUUUCUAAUGUUUUAUCGGUUAAUUAUCCACUCUUUUUCCAAUCUGAUUACCAAAUAUUAAGAAUAUUAGAACAAGUAGAACGGGUAUUAAAACCUAGUGCUUUUUGUCUCUUGUGA